AUGGUCAGCUCCUGUUGUGGCUCCGUCUGCUCUGAGCAGGGCUGUGGCCAAGACCUCUGCCAGGAGGAGUCCUGCUGCCGCCCCACCUGCUGCCAGCCCAGCUGUUGCCGCCCCACCUGCUGCAUCUCAAGUUGCUGCCGCCCCAGCUGCUGUGUGUCCAGCUGCUGCAGGCCCCAGUGCUGCCAGUCUGUGUGCUGCCGCCCCACCUGCUGCCGCCCCACCUGCUGCAUCUCCAGCUGCUGCAGGCCCCAGUGCUGUCAGUCCUCCUGCUGCCGCCCCACCUGUUGCCAGACCACCUGCUGCAGAACCACAUGUUGCCGCCCAAGCUGUUGCAUCUCCAGCUGCUGCCAGCCCACCUGCUGCCGCCCCAGCUGCUGUAUCUCCAGCUGCUGCAGGCCCCAGUGCUGCCAGCCCUCCUGCUGCCGCCCCACCUGCUGCCGCCCCACCUGCUGCAUCUCCAGCUGCUGCCAGCCCACCUGCUGCCGCCCCAGCUGCUGUAUCUCCAGCUGCUGCAGGCCCCAGUGCUGCCAGCCCUUCUGCUGCCGCCCCACCUGCUGCCGCCCCACCUGCUGCAUCUCCAGCUGCUGCCAGCCCACCUGCUGCCGCCCCACCUGUUGCCAGACCACCUGCUGCAGAACCACCUGUUGCCGCCCCAGCUGUUGCAUCUCCAGCUGCUGCCAGCCCACCUGCUGUCAGCCCAUCUCUUGCCAGACCACCUGCUGUAGAACUCAGUGCUGCCGCCCCAGCUGCUGUGAGGAGUCCUGCUGCCGCCCCACCUGUUGUAUCUCCAGCUGCUGCAGGCCCCAGUGCUGCCAGUCUGUGUGCUGCCAGCCCACCUGCUGCCGCCCCACCUGCUGCAUCUCCAGCUGCUGCAGGCCCCAGUGCUGCCAGCCCACCUGCUGCCGCCCCACCUGCUGCAUCUCCAGCUGCUGCAGGCCCCAGUGCUGUCAGUCUGUGUGCUGCCAGCCCAGCUGCUGCCGCCCCAGCUGCUGCCGCCCCACCUGCUGCACCUCCAGCUGCUGCCAGCCCACCUGCUGCCGCCCCACUUGCUGCAUCUCCAGCUGCUGCCGCCCCACCUGCUGCCAGACCACCUGCUGUAGAACUCAGUGCUGCCGCCCCAGCUGCUGUGUGUCCACCUGCUGCCGCCCCUGCUGCCGCCCCAGCUGCUGUGUGUCCAGCUGCUGCCGCCCCACCUGCUGUGUGUCCAGCUGCUGCAGGCCCCAGUGCUGCCAGCCCACCUGCUGCCGCCCCAGCUGCUGCAUCUCCAGCUGCUGCCGCCCCACCUGCUGUAUCUCCAGCUGCUGCAGGCCCCAGUGCUGCCAGCCCUCCUGCUGCCGCCCCACCUGUUGCCAGACCACCUGCUGCAGAACCACCUGCUGCCGCCCCACCUGUUGCCAGUCCACCUGCUGCCACCCCACCUGCUGCCGCCCCACCUGCUGUAUCUCCAGCUGCUGCAGGCCCCAGUGCUGCCAGCCCUCCUGCUGCAGAACCACCUGCUGCCAGCCCACCUGCUGCAUUUCCAGUUGCUGUCAGCCCAUCUCUUGCCAGACCACCUGCUGUAGAACUCAGUGCUGCCGCCCCAGCUGCUGUGUGUCCACCUGCUGCCGCCCCAGCUGCUGUAUCUCCAGCUGCUGCAGGCCCCAGUGUUGCCAGUCUGUGUGCUGCCGCCCCACCUGCUGCAUCUCCAGCUGCUGCCAGCCCAUCUCUUGCCAGACCACCUGCUGUAGAACUCAGUGCUGCCGCCCCAGCUGCUGUGUGUCCACCUGCUGCCGCCCCUGCUGCUCUAGUGGUUCUUGCUGCUGA